UUUCUCCCACAGACUGGAUCUACGACGGCCCAAAGCGUCUCCGAAUCUCCGGUCUACACCAACCUCCAGGAGCUGAAGAUCAGCAAGAAGAGCCUGCCGCCGCAGCCGUCCGGCUCGCCCCUUCACGUCGCCGGCGACUGGGAGACGUACACCGACCACAGCGGCAGACAUUACUACUGCAACCGCUCCACCCAUGAGAGGACAUGGAAGCCCCCGCGGACCAAAGAUGGUGGCGUCGGGAAUGCCAGGGACGACAAACACAGCGCUGGAGAAAGCUCUGAGACCACUCCUCUCUCGCUCUCGCCGUCUUUCCUUCCCUUCCUGUCGCUGUCCGUCGGAGGACUCCAGCCUCUGUCCUCAGAGGACGCCUGCUUCAGCGCCUACUCUAGCCAGUCGGACAGCCUGUACGGCUCGCCGCUGAGCGGCUGGUCGGAGGAGAUGGACGAACACGGACACACGCUGUACGUCAGCGACUAUACGAACGAGAAGUGGUUAAAACAUGUCGAUGACCAGGGAAGGCCUUAUUACUACAGCGCCGACGGCUCCAGGUCAGAAUGGGAGCUGCCGAAGUACAACCUGUCGCCACCUCAGCCGGCCGGAGACGGACCGAAGAGCCGCAGUUUGGACCGGAACAACGUCGAGCCCAUCGUCUUGACAAAAUGGAGGCACAGCGCCUACGUCCAGGAGCCGAGCGAAAAGGAAGGUCCUCAGACCCCCAGGUCCCCCCCUCCUGACCCUGAUCUGAGCCCUACGUCUCCCCCCGCCUCUCCGUCUGAAAAGUGUGGCGUUCUGAACGUGACGAAGAUCACUGAGAACGGGAAGAGAGUGCGGAAGAACUGGACGUCCUCUUGGACAGUCCUGCAAGGUUCAUCGCUGCUGUUCGCCAAAGGACAGGGAGGCGGAACGAGCUGGUUUGGAGGCAGUCAGUCCAAACCAGAGUUCACUGUGGAUCUGAGGGGAGCGUCAGUGGACUGGGCCCCAAAAGACAAGUCCAGCAAGAAGCACGUUUUAGAGCUGAAGAUCCGUCAGGGCACGGAGCUGCUGCUCUGGUCUGAAAACGACACCGUGGUGAACGAGUGGCUCAGAGCUCUGCAGGAAGCCAUCAGCGCACAUGUCUGGGAGUCCGACGAGGCCAUCGAGGAGGACAUGCCCGAGUCGCCCGGCGCGGAGAAACUCGACAAGGACAAAGACCAAAGACUCUCCAAGAAAGACAAAGCCAUGAAGCCGUCGGCCAGCGUUGAGGCCACCGACACCAAGAAGACCCGACACAAGCUGAAGAAGCUGCUGAACCGCCGGCCCACCAUGCAGUCCGUCAGGGACAAGGGAUACAUCAAAGAUCAGGUUUUCGGCUGCAGUCUGUCCGGCUUGUGUCAGCAGGAGAACACCACGGUACCGAACUUCGUCAGGAUGUGCAUCGAUCAUGUGGAGAACAACGGUCUGUAUGUAGACGGGCUGUAUAGAGUUAGCGGGAACCUGGCGAUCAUACAGAAACUACGAUUUGCUGUCAGUCAUGAUGAGAAGUUGAGCCUGUCGGACUCGAAGUGGGAGGACAUCCAUGUGACGACCGGAGCUCUGAAGAUGUUCUUCAGGGAGCUGCCCGAGCCGCUCUUCACCUACGCUCUGUUCCACGACUUCGUCUCCGCCAUCAAAAUCUCGGACUACAGGCAGCGGGUGCAGGCCAUCAAAGACCUGGUGAGGCAGCUGCCCAGGCCCAACCACGACACCAUGCAGGCUCUCUUCAAACACCUCAGGAAAGUGAUCGAUCAUGGUGAGGAAAACCGCAUGACCACUCAGAGCGUGGCCAUCGUCUUUGGCCCCACGCUGCUGCGGCCCGAAACGGAGACCCUGAACAUGGCUUUCAACAUGGUUUACCAGAACCAGAUAGUGGAGCUCAUAUUGCUGGAGUAUGAGAACAUUUUCGGCAGGUAGACGCCAGAAUCGUUUCUCUUAAUGCAGAGCUUUUUCCAACCUGGCGUCGCUGCUCACCGCAAAACAUCGCAGAGCGACCAACUGGCCAACCACGUUCCUCCAGAGAAACGACCAAAUAAACUUUUGACUCUUUGCACUUUUCAGUAUCUCACUUUGUCCUGCAGCUGCAUUUGUGCCACUUCACUGCGAAGGCGAUGUCAUCCUCGUCUAGACACUGGAUUUCUUCUGACUGUGCAACAAACUGCACAGGCUGAGCGUAAAUGGAGGAAGCAGCUUAAGUUGACUGUAUUACAGAUGAGGCGUCAGUAUUGGAGAUGUAUGAUGCUGAACGGGAUCUGUGCACGCUGCGCUGUAAAUCUCAUCGCUUAUAGUCACUCCUGUCACAAAUCAAAACCAGACAGUGGUCUCACCUCAGCUUGGCUUUAGAUGUUUAUAAAAUUAAGCAGAAAUAAACCACAAAGUGAUGGAGUGGGGAGAAAAUUUUUAGGCUGUUUUUAUUGUAUUUUUUAUUAUUAUUAUUUUUGAAUGUUUUCUGCCUCCUUUAUUUCCCCCUGAAUGUGCUUCUCUUUAUGCUCCUGAGAAACAGAAAAAAAGGAUGUUCUCCAUAUUAUAUCUGUUAGAACAAAUCAUCUCAUACUGCAAAAACACAAAUUCUAAACUAUUUCUGUCUACUUUCUUUUGCAAAUCUCUUAGUAGACUUAAAAUAAGACAAAACUAACUUACUAGUAACUUUUUGCAAAGAUAUAGGAGCUUGUUUUAUGUAAGUAAUCCUUGAAUCUCAAUUAAAAAAAAACUGGCAGAUCCCUAUGUCAUAACUGUAUUAUAACUGAAACAAUCUGCCAGUGGAACCUGUACUUUUUUUAAUAUUAAGGAAUCCUUUACCUUAAAAGUUGCUAAAAAGUUCAUUUUAAGUUAGUUUUGUCUUGCAUAUUCCACUGAAAUCUAGACAAAAUCACUAAGAUUUUGUGUUUUUGCAGUGCACGGCCUCGACUUAAAACAAAGGUACUCAUCUGCUUCUUUAAGACUUAAUAGACUAAAAUAUUUCAGCCUCUGAACACUGUACAGUGUUUAUGUGUGUAUGUGAACAAGAGGUGGAUGGACAGUGAAGAUUGAAUGGACUUACUGACAAUAAAUUGUACAAAUAGUAAAAGUAAGUUUGUAUGCCUUGAGUGUUUAUAACGUGGAGAGGGAGAAAUCACUGUUUAGUGGUUUGUGUUGAAGCAACAGAUGUGAGGGAUGAGUCCAUAAACUGGGAAUGAUGGUUUACAUGUGAGUCAGUGACUAUUGACUGCAUUAAACUGGAAUAAAUACCUCUUAAGAAGAGA